AUGGCUCAAGAGGACUACGAUGUUACAGUUCUAGUAACCGGCUUCGGCGAGUUCCAAGAUAUCAAAAUUAAUCCCUCGUUCGAGAUUACAUCUCUCCUUCCCCCAGAAAUCUCUCACAAAGGCCUCACCAUCCGCCUUAUCUCCCACCCAGAGCCCCUCAACACAGCAUACCAUUCCAUCCUCUCCACCAUCCCACAACUCCUCGAACAACACAACCCCGACAUUGUACUACACAUUGGUCUCGCGGUUGACCGAGACUAUUUCGCGAUCGAGAAAAGCGCACUGAGAGAUGGAUAUCAUAAGAAGACAUGGGGGGAAAGUCCCGAGAGACUUGAAACGGCUCUUAAUUUUGAUGAUGUGGUGGGUCGGUGGAAGAAAGGGGGCGGAAAGGCUGAUGUUAGGGGAAGUGAUGAUGUUGGGAAUUUUGUUUGUGGGUUUAUUUAUUAUAUGAGCUUGGAACACUUUUGGAAGAGGGAGGAUGGGGAGAUGAAGGCGCUAUUUUUGCAUGUGCCACAUUUGAAGGGGGAGAAGGAGCUUGAGAAGGGUAAACAAGUCACAGUAGGCUUGAUUAAGGCGAUUGCGGAAAGUUGCAGGGAAUAG